UGGGUAAACAUCAACAACCUGAACCCACCUCACUGAACUUUCCAUCGCAAACUGUCCCGUCGCCAAACGAAUAUGCAACCUCCAAUUCCUCAAAAUUCUGGCCAUUUCCAUCCUACAGGUCGCACCUUGGCGUCCACAAGAAGAACCAAACUGAUGGACGGCAUCUGAUAAUGCGCAAAAUCAAUCAACAUGGCCACCACCAUCGCAACCCCUGGUCCGCGUAAUGACUUCUUCAAGCAGCUCAGGACGGUCUGUGUCCCCUUGAGUCGCCUCGCGCUCCAGUCAACAGACAAGGCGGCUGCUUCCAAAGAAAUCUUCACUCUGGUCGAGUCGCUUAGUGGCUUAUGGGCAGCUCAAGUGAGCAGUGAUGCCACCGUUCUGGAUGAGAAGCUGGCCGAAUAUACCUUCUUCCCUGUCAGCCAUCUGCUCCGCUUCCAUGAUCAGUUCCCGAUACGCGUAAUCGAAGCCAUCAUCAAGCUGCUAAGGUUCCUCAUCCAAUACGGCUGGAAGCAGAAGAUCUCGGAGGACCUGGCCAUACAGCUGCUCUUCUUCUUCUCCUUCACCAUUGGCGGUAGUCCGGGGCAGGCCAAGAAGCGUGAUGUGCCCGAGGAAACCGUCGUGGAAGGAUUCAAAGCUCUCGAGGUUCUCAUUACCGCGAUAGGGCCCUCCAACUUACUGGCAAGUAAGGCACCCGAUGAGCAAAAUGAGACAGUGUCCGCAUUGGGUCCUGCUAUUACGGUCAUGCUGGAUGGCAUCACCGAUGGUGUUGCCCCUGCCGUCCAGCUGGAAGCACUGCAAUGCUUGCAAGCUGUUUACACUACAACACGCAAUCAGCAUGUCCUUGCCAGGUUUCUUCCGGGUACGGUGUCCUCGCUCACCAAAGUCCUGGCACCGCCGCUUCAACAAAAGACACAGAGGAGGGUUCUUGUGCGAUGCUUACAGGUCCUCAAUAUCGUUCUUGUGAACGUGCUGAGUGACAUCAAGGUUCGCGGAAUCUUGAAGCAGAUUGAAACGGAAGACAAAGCGAAACAGACCGCUCAGCCCAGCGGUGGCACGGAAAAGCCUCAAACUGAACUGACACCCGCUUGGCUCAGGGCUACGACAGCUCAGAUCAAAAUCGCCUUGGCCGCAGCGCUCAAAGUACGAACUCAUGAGGCUCAGGACGUCCAGUCAGCUGUCAGCAAGUUCUGUAUCAGCUUGUUGGACGAAUGUCACUUAUCACUAGCCAACUGCCAGGCGAUCCUAGUAGAGAGCGCAAUGAUGGUCGAGAACGAAGAGACCGAACGGUCAAUGCUCGAGACUAGCUUGCAGGAUCUUGCGGCUAUACACCCCGAGUUGGGCGAUUGUAUUCAGGCUACGCUAUACAACUGGGUUACUAGCCUCCCCAGGUUGAUUCAGUCUAAUGAUGAGCGCAUCAAGCAACUUGCAGUUAGAAAUAUCCUCAGAGGCUCCAGGAUGGCUUCAGGCAUGGGAAUGGACUCGUCGACACUGAAUGAUUCGUUAGGCGAUUCCCUGCGGGACAGCAUAGUUGCCCUGGUCAAGAGCUCAAAGCCCUCGAAGGUGGUGGGAGAUGUUGAUGAGAAUACUCUGUCUACAGCCACUGACCUUACUGUGUCACGACCUGACAUUCAGUCAUACCCUCCAGUUUUGCUGGACUCGGAGGGCAUUAAGUCGACAAGAGCAGAAAUCACCAAGCUGAUAGCCAACAUUGGCUCACCAGCUCAGCAGACAAAGCUAGCCGCUGCCAUGCUAGGUUAUUUACGAGACUCCGAAGGCGUCGAGCAAAUCGCCUCAUACUGGCUCGCCUUUGAGCUUCUCAAGACCACGUAUAACAGCACAUCGGAUAUGGAAGACCUGUUGGACAUGUCUUCUCUCGAUGAGAACCAAUACCAAGAACAGGUGUUCCAGGAGCUCUACGAUUUCUCUGCGUCCAUCUUGGCUUCCCAUUCAGACGCACAAGACAACGACUGGCGUAUCGAGGCGAUUGCUCUCGAAGUGACUGCUUUUGCGGCAUCCAGGAUGAAGGAGGAUUUCCGGCCGGAGCUGAUCGACGUGCUCUACCCUGUCACCACAUUCCUCGGGUCGUCCACACCCCAACUGCGCAGUCAUGCCAUCACUACACUGAAUGUGAUAGCGGCCUCUUGCGGAUACAAGAGCGUCUCGGAGCUAGUUGUCGAUAACGCAGAUUACAUGGUCAACUCUAUCUCUCUCCGCCUCAACACCUUUGACAUCUCACCAGCCUCCACCAAGGUAUUGGUGAUGUUGAUACGCCUAACGGGGCCAAGGUUGAUUCCCUUCCUGGACGACGUUGUAGCCGCCAUUUUCGCCGCCCUUGACAACUAUCACGGCUACCCCGUAUUUGUCGAGAGCCUGUUCUCUGUCCUCUCCGAGGUAGUCACCCAAGGCGUCAAAUCGGACAUGCUGCUUCUCGAGGGAUCCAACCAUCAAGCCGUCAGCCACCUCAAACGAGGCCCACAACCACUCGGCGUCGACACCAUCGUCGACACCCUCAACAAACGUGCCAAGCGAGCCAAGCGAGCCCGAGAAGAAGAAGAGGCCGAACCGUCCGAACCGCACCCCAAGAAACCCUGGGGCCCGGAUAAAACCAAAGAAGCAUCCCAAGCCAAGUCGCUUCUCGACCAAUUGGAAAACCCCGACCCGGACGAAGACGAAAAGGAAGGUGGUCUACCAGAUGACCCUUCCUCCGCCCUCGCCGCCCGCGAAGACGACGAAAAGAAGAACCAACCCUCCAACACGCCCACCUACGCCUUGCUCACCCGCGUCCUCACCCUCUCGCAGCACUACCUCACCUCUCCCACGCCUACCCUGCGGAAGUCUCUGCUAGACCUCGUGGCGACCGUUUCCCCUGCCCUAGCGCCGGACGAGAACGCCUUCUUGCCGCUGGUCCAUACGGUCUGGCCGGUCGUGGUAGCCCGGAUCAAAGACCCGGAACCGUUCGUGGCGAUUGCGGCAUGCAAGGCACUGGGAAGCAUGUGUGAAGCCGCGGGCGAUUUCAUGGCUAGUAGAUUCAAGCAGGAGUGGGGAGAUGGGAUGGCAAAGUGGUUGAGGGGGGUUAAGAGGGAGGCUGUCAAAGGGAGGGGGGAGAUGCCGAGGAGGACUGGGACGGGAGCUGGAAGGGCGUUCAUCACUGGUGGUAAGAAGGCCGAGGACAUGGAGAUUGUGUUGCCUAUUCGUGAUGUCAACGGUGGAGAGCUGAGCUCGAAGCAGUUGGUUUCGACAACGAGCUCUACCAGUGGGGCACUGGGCAGGUUCUCGCAGGCUCAUCAGUUGUGGGACGCGGCGCUGGGGUUGGUUACGGCCAUUCUGAAGUAUGUGAGGGUGGAUGACGAAAUGUUCGAUGAGAUGCUGGAGGUGGUGGUUGAUGUGUUACAUGAGCCGGAGAGGAGGGAGUUGAAGGAGGCGUUGGAGACGAUCAAUGCUGAUGCUGUUUGGUUGGCGUUGUAUGAGAGGGGGAGAGUGAAGGGGGUCAAGAGUACGCCACGGGCUGUGAAGGGGUUUGGGUUUGAGUUUGUCAGAGUAUCGGGUGUGGUGGCUUAAGAGAGACUGAACCCCUAUGAUGAUACAGGUAGUGUAGAUAUGUGCCUACAUGAUUCCAAUGAGUUUGUACAAGAUGAAUCGCGAUGUGAUCAAGAUCGAGCUUGACUUAAGAAAAGUGCAGGGUAAGUGACGAUAACCG